AUGCUCUACCCGGAUGCCCCAGAGCGUCCCGAUGCUCUCCCCAGCCGCCCCAGAACGUCGCGAUGCUCUCCCCGGACGCCCCAGAGCGUCGCGAUGCUCUCCCCGGACGCCUCAGAGCGUCGCGAUGCUCUUUCCGGACGCCCCAGAGCAUCACGAUGCUCUCCCCGGAGGCCCCAGAGCGUCGCGAUGCUCUCCCCGCACGCCCCAGAGCGUCGCGAUGCUCUCCUUGGACGCCCCAGAGCAUCGCGAUGCUCUCCCCGGACGCCCCAGAGCGUCGCUAUGCUCUCCCCGGACGCCCCAGAGCAUCGCGAUGCUCUCCCCGGACGCCCCAGAGCGUCGCGAUGCUCUCCCCGGACGCCCCAGAGCGUCCCGGACGCCCCUGAGCGUCGUAAUGCUUUCCCCAGCCGCCCCAGAGCGUCGCGAUGCUCUCCCCGGACGCCCCAGAGCGUCACGAUUCUCUCCCCGGACGCCCCAGAGCGUCGCGAUGCUCUCCCCAGACGCCCCGGAGCAUCGCGAUGCUCUCCCCGCACGCCCCAGAGGAUCGCGAUGCUCUCCCCGGACGCCCCAGAGCGUCGCGAUGCUCUCCCCGGACGCCCCAGAGCGUCGCGAUGCUCUCCCCGGACGCCCCAGAGCGUCGCGAUGCUCUCCCCGGACGCCCCAGAGCGUCGCGAUGCUCUACCCGGACGCCCCAGAGCGUCGCGAUGCUCUCCCCGGACGCCCCAGAGCGUCGCGAUGCUCUCCCCGGACGCCCCAGAGCGUCGCAAUGCUCUCCCCGGACGCCCCAGAGCGCCGCGAUGCUCUCCCCGGACGCCCCAGAGCAUCGCGAUGCUCUCCCCGGACGCCCCAGAGCGUCGCUAUGCUCUCCCCGGACGCCCCAGAGCGUCGCGAUGCUCUCCCCGGACGCCCCAGAGCGUCGCGAUGCUCUCCCCGGACGCCCCAGAGCGUCGCGAUGCUCUCCCUGGACGCCCCAAAGCGUCGCAAUGCUCUCCCCGGACAUCCCAGAGCAUCGCGAUGCUCUCCCCGGACGCCCCAGAGCGUCACGAUGCUCUAUCCAGCGUCGUGAUGCUUUCCCCAGACGCCCCAGAGCGUCGCGAUGCUCUUCCCGGACGCCCCAGAGCGUCGCUAUGCUCUCCCCGGACGCCCCAGAGCGUCGCGAUGCUCUACCCGGACGCCCCAGAGCGUCGCGAUGCUCUCCCCCGACGCCCCAGAGUGUCGCGAUGCUCUCCCCGGACGCCCCAGAGCGUCGCGAUGCUCUCCCCGGACGCCCCAGAGCGUCGCGAUGCUCUCCCUGGACGCCCCAGAGCGUCGCGAUGCUCUCCCCGGACGCCCCAGAGCGUCACGAUGCUCUCCCCGGACGCCCCAGAGCGUCGCGAUGCUCUUCCCGGACGCCCCAGAGCGUCGCGAUGCUCUACCCGGACGGCCCAGAGCGUCGCGAUGCUCUCCCCGGACGCCCCAGAGCGUCGCGAUGCUCUCCCCGGGCGCCCUAGAGCGUCGCGAUGCUCUCCUCGGACGCCCCAGAGCGUCGCGAUGCUCUCCCCAGCCGCCCCAGAGCGUCGUGAUGCUCUCCCCGGACGCCCCAGAGCGUCGCGAUGCUCUCCCCCGACGCCCCAGAGCUUCACGAUUCUCUCCCCGGACGCCCCAGAGCGUCGCGAUGCUCUCCCCGGACACCCCAGAGCGUCGCGAUGCUCUCCCCGGACGCCCCAGAGCGUCGCGAUGCUCUCCCCGGACGCCCCAGAGCGUCGCUAUGCUCUCCCCGGACGCCCCAGAGCGUCGCGAUGCUCUCCCCGGACGCCCCAGAGCGUCGCGAUGCUCUCCCCGGACGCCCCAGAGCAUCGCGAUGCUCUCCUCGGACGCCCCAGAGCGUCGCGAUGCUCUCCCCGGACGCCCAAGAGCGUCGCGAUGCUCUCCCCGGACGCCCCAGAGCGUCGCGAUGCUCUCCCCAGCCGCCCCGUCGCGAUGCUCUCCCCGGACGCCCCAGAGCGUCGCUAUGCUCUCCCCGAACGCCCCAGAGCGUCGCGAUGCUCUCCCCGGACGCCCCAGAGCGUCGCGAUGCUCUCCCCGAACGCCCCAGAGCGUCGCGAUGCUCUACCCGGACGCCCCAGAGCGUCGCGAUGCUCUCCCCAGCCGCCCCAUAGCGUCGUGAUGCUCUCCCCGGACGCCCCAGAGCGUCGCGAUGCUCUCCCCCGACGCCCCAGAGCUUCACGAUUCUCUCCCCGGACGCCCCAGAGCGUCACGAUGCUCUCCCCGGACGCCCCAGAGCGUCGCGAUGCUCUCCCCGGACGCCCCAGAGCGUCGCGAUGCUCUCCCCGAACGCCACAGAGCGUCGCGAUACUCUCCCAAACCGCCCUGAAGCGUCGUGAUGCUCUCCCCGGACGCCCCAGAGCGUCGCCAUGCUCUCCCCAGACGCCCCAGAGCGUCGCGAUGCUCUCCCCGGACGCCCCAGAGCGUCGCGAUGCUCUCCCCGGACGCCCCAGAGCGUCGCUAUGCUCUCCCCGAACGCCCCAGAGCGUCGCGAUGCUCUCCCCGGACGCCCCAGAGCAUCGCGAUGCUCUCCCCGAACGCCCCAGAGCGUCGCGAUGCUCUACCCGGACGCCCCAGAGCGUCGCGAUGCUCUCCCCAGCCGCCCUAGAGCGUCGUGAUGCUCUCCCCGGACGCCCCAGAGCGUCGCGAUGCUCUCCCCCGACGCCCCAGAGCUUCACGAUGCUCUCCCCGGACGCCCCAGAGCAGCGUCGCGAUGCUCUCCCCGAACGCCCCAGAGCGUCGCGAUGCUCUACCCGGACGCCCCAGAGCGUCGCGAUGCUCUCCCCAGCCGCCCCAGAGCGUCGUGAUGCUCUCCCCGGACGCCCCAGAGCGUCGCGAUGCUCACCCCCGACGCCCCAGAGCUUCACGAUGCUCUCCCCGGACGCCCCAGAGCGUCGCGAUGCUCUCCUUGGAUGCCCAAGAGCGUCGCGAUGCUCUCCCCGGACGCCCCAGAGCGUCGCGAUGCUCUCCCUGGACGCCCCAGAGCGUCGAGAUGCUCUCCCUGGACGCCCCAGAGCGUCGCGAUGCUCUCCCCGGACGCCCCAGAGCGUCGCGAUGCUCUCCCCGGACGCCCCAGAGCGUCGCUAUGCUGUCCCCGGACGCCCCAGAGUGUCGCGAUGCUCUCCCCGGACGCCCCAGAUUAUCGCGAUGCUCUCACCGGACGCCCCAGAGCGUCGCGAUGCUCUCCCCGGACGCCCUAGAGCGUCGCGAUGCUCUCCCCGAACGCCCCAGAGCGUCGCGAUGCUCUCCCAAACCGCCCUAGAGCGUCGUGAUGCUCUCCCCGGACGCCCCAGAGCGUCGCGAUGCUCUCCCCGGACGCCCCAGAGCAUCGCGAUGCUCUCCUCGGACGCCCCAGAGCGUCGCGAUGCUCUCCCUGGACGCCCCAGAGCGUCGCGAUGCUCUCCCUGGACGCCCCAGAGCGUCACGACGCUCUCCCCUGACGCCCCAGAGCGUCGCGAUGCUCUCCCCGGACGCCCCAGAGCGUCGCUAUGCUCUCCCCGGACGCCCCUGAGCGUCGCGAUGCUCUCCCCGGACGCCCCAGAGCGUCGCGAUGCUCUCCCCGGACGCCACAGAGCGUCGCGAUGCUCUCCCCGAACGCCACAGAGCGUCGCGAUACUCUCCCAAACCGCCCUAGAGCGUCGUGAUGCUCUCCCCGGACGCCCCAGAGCGUCGCGAUGCUCUCCCCAGACGCCCCAGAGCGUCGCGAUGCUCUUCCCGGACGCCCCAGAGCGUCGCGAUGCUCUCCCCGGACGCCCCAGAGCGUCGCGAUGCUCUCCCCGGACGCCCCAGAGCGUCGCUAUGCUCUCCCCGGACGCCCCAGAGCGUCGCGAUGCUCUCCCCGGACUCCCCAGAGCAUCGCGAUGCUCUCCCCGGACGCCCCAGAGCGUCGCGAUGCUCUCCCCGGACGCCCCAGAGCGUCGAGAUGCUCUCACCGGACGCCCCAGAACGUCGCAAGGCUCUCCCCGGACGCCCCAGAGCAUCGCGAUGCUCUUUCCGGACGCCCCAGAGCGUCGCGAUGCUCUUCCCGGACGACCCAGAAUUUCGCUAUGCUCUCCCCUGACGCCCCAGAGCGUCGCGAUGCUCUCCCCGGACGUCCCAGAGCGUCGCGAUGCUCUCCCCGGACGCCCCAAAGCGCCGCGAUGCUCUCACCGGACGCCCCAGAGCGUCGCGAUGCUCUCCCCGGACGCCCCAGAGCGUCGCGAUGCUCUCCCCGGACGCCCCAGAGCGUCGCUAUGCUCUCCCCAGACGCCCCAGAGCGUCGCGAUGCUCUCCCCGAACGCCCCAUAG